UGCCGGACGCUCCCGGUUCCGGACGUCUCGCCGGUGGCUGGGGAGACACGGUUGUGUUCUUCAAGUGCUGACGGGCCGCGGCGGCGGACCCGGGGCUCUGGCGGCAUCACGGAGGCACAGGCUGUGUCCGAGGGUUCGGGGCCGGGCGCCGCCGGUCCCGGGACGGCCCCUCCGGUGACGGUACUAGUGAUGCGGCAGGACGAGGCCGCGGCCGAUGGCGCGCUAAGGCCGGGCCCGGCGGGGAGCGAGGCGGCGGUGGAUGCCGAGGACGAGGCGGGGGACGACGACGCCGACCUGCUGGACACUUCGGAUCCGACAGGCGGUGGCGAGAGUGCGGCCAGCCCCGAGGAGCUGGAGGACGAGGGUGCCGAGGGCGGCGGCGGCGGGGCGCGCAGGCGGGGCGCCAAGACCUGCACCUACGAGGGCUGCCGCGAGACCACCAGCCAGGUAGCCAAGCAGCGCAAGCCCUGGAUGUGCAAGAAGCACCGCAACAAGAUGUACAAGGACAAGUACAAGAAGAAGAAGAGCGAUCAGGCCCAGGGCUCCGGCGGCGCCUCGGCGGCCAGCGCAGGCAAUGUCAAGCUAGAGGAAAGUGCAGACAACAUACUCUCCAUUGUCAAGCAAAGAACGGGAUCUUUCGGGGACCGCCCUGCAAGGCCUACUCUGUUAGAACAAGUGUUAAAUCAGAAAAGACUGUCAUUACUAAGAAGUCCAGAAGUUGUCCAGUUUUUACAGAAACAGCAGCAGCUAUUAAAUCAACAAGUUUUGGAGCAAAGACAGCAGCAGUUUCCAGGAGCACCAGUGUGAGUGGCUCACAAACUCUGGUUUCUCUUACUAUAAUCGAUGGAUGGACUUUUAUACUAAAGGUGAUAUCCUGAUAGUCAGGCAUUGGUGGUGCACACCUGCAAUCCCUGUACUUGGGAGACUGAGCCAAGAGGAUCCCAAGUUUGAGCCAGCCUGAGCUACAUAGCAAGUUUCUUUCUUAAAAAAAAAACAGAGGUAGAGACAGGCUGUUAGUAAAAAUAUUUUCCUGUAAAUGUGCGUGUGCAUUUGGGGAUAGAUAAGUAUUGCAUUUUUGCAUUUAAUCCUUCUAGAUCGCUAUGAGUUUGAAAAAAAUCACCUUUACAGUUUUUAAUGUUUUUCUUCAGUUGUGCAUACUGGAGCUAAUGAGGCAGUUACUUUCUGUGGAAGUUAUAGUUCAGAGUAAUAUCAAUUCAUCCGGCACCAUGAUUCUCUCCAGAAGCAUGGAACGGAGUGUUUUGGGAUGUCAUAGAGACAUUAAACAUAGCUAGACUGGGGUGAGGGGCCAGGAAUACUGAAUGUUUUCAGGGUCUGUGAUGUUCCCUUGCCAGUAAUGUACCUCAGCUGCAGCGAUAACCUGAGGUCAGAGUGCCAAGGUCAGGUUCUCGUAAUAACCGUUCUGUUCAGACAGGCGCUGUGAGAGCUGAGCGUGCUCACACCUGUGAGGACAGUGGUUGUGUAAACUACAGAGCGCACCAAGCUGGCACUUGGCUGUUGGUGUCUCUCUCCGCCAAGGCAGACCAUCUCUUGAAUUUGUCAACAGUUUAGACA